AUGAAAUAUUUUAGCUAUGUCAUUAAAGACGCUAUAUGCUGUUUGUGUUUGUGUCAACAUUCGUUUCCUCGAAAGCUUGCCUUCGCCUACCUUGAAGACGUUUCUCAGGAGUUUUUGAACCAGAAUGCAACAAGAAUCGAUCAAGUUGUACGGCCGUAUCAUUUUCUCGAAUUCGAUCAAUAUAUCCAACAAGCAAAGAAGAAGUAUGCGGAUAGAGGUAGGUAUGCCAUGUCAGCAGUUUCGAAUGAAUUGCAAGAUGUUGCUCGUAUCAUGGUCAGCAACAUAGAAGAUGUCAUUCACAGAGGAGAGGCUUUGAAUAUUCUUGAAGCAAAAGCUUCCGAUUUGUCUGGACUGAGCAAGAAGUACAGGGAGGACGCUAAAGCAUUGAACAGGAGGUCAAUCUUCUUCAAGAUCGCUGUGUCGUUGGGCAUUUUCGGGGUUAUUCUGCUUAUUGGACGAUUUAUUAUAUUCUGA